AUGGCACAAAAAAAGCCGUCGUUUCGUUUUCGAAUCCCUUGGCUAACAGCAACACAAUCAUUUUCUCGCCAUUCGAAAGAUGCAUCAAAAUCAUCUACUCAAUCAGACAUAAAUGUUCCCAUUCAAAGAUCAUCUGGUAGGCCUUCUGUCAUAACCCCUGCAGAGUCUCCUCCAGGUCCUACCAAGACACAAGAAGCCACUAGAACAGAACCUCAUAAUCAAUCACCACCUCAUCCAGCUCAUCCAACUCCGUUAUCAACUUCAAUGGUUGUUGAGAAAACUCACUCAAAACCUCUUUCGCCAUCAACAUCUCCAAACCAUGUCAACUCUCCACCGCCAUUCUCUUAUGCAGAAUCUCAGUUUCAUGUUUUCUCAACUCCACCUCAGUCUCCUUCUCAGUAUGACACCGUGAAGGUGCCAAAGUUGAUGCCUUCUUCUACUGAAGAGAGUACUCAUCCUACAUCAUCUGUAUCUCAACCAAUGCCACAAGAAGCUGAAGCCGAGCCCGAGUCGAAGGUAAAGGUGAAUUCACCAUUGAGAGAAAUCACCAAGUCACCAGAGACCUCUUAUCAACAAGCUAUUGCCUUUGAACGACCAUCUUAUUCAACACACUCUUCGCCGGAAGUUUCUAAAAUUGAACAGACUUCUCAGCAUCAUCCACCGUCUCCUUUGGCCUCGGAGCAAAAAAAUCAGGCGUUAAAAGCUAAUCACGAAGAAAACACUUCGUAUACAUCAUCUAUUUUUCAAGGAGAGAAAGAUAAGGUGACAAUGUCAGUGUCUGAUUCGGUGCCAAAUGAUGCAGAACCAAAGAUGAAGUCACCAUUGAAAACUAUCCACCUGUCUGAGCACACAGCAACAAAAUUCGACGAGGAAAGAUUAAUCUCAAAAACAACACCAAAGUCCCCUUUGGAAACUCUAAGCAAGUUCCUUCAACAUAAAGGAAAGGCUAACCACGAAGAAAACACUUUGCAUUCAUCAUCUACCUCUCAAGAACAAAAAGUUAAAAUUCCAGUGUCAGUGUCUGAUCCAAAGAUAGAUGAAGCAAAGCCAAAGAUGAAAUCACCAUUGAAAACCAUCCUCAUGCCACAACCAGAGACUUUAUCUAAGCACACAACAACAAAAUUAGUCGAGGAAAGAUUAAUCUCAAAAACAACACCAAAGUCCCCUUUGGAAACUCGAAGCAAGUUUCUUCAACAUAAAGAAAAGGAGAAAGUUGUGCAUGAAGCCAAAAAGUUAGGAAAAUCCAAAGACAAAAGUACUAGCCAACCAACUCGACGUGCCGAGCCAUCUUCUUCUGGCACAAAGGAUAAGAAGCAUCAUGGAGUAAAAGAAACAGUAGAGAAAAAGAUAAUGUUUGCCACAUCAAACUCUAGUGGAAAAGACAUAGGAGUUAUGAGCUCAAAAGAUCCAAGCUCAAGCAUAUCACACGAAAGAACUGUUCCAUCAAGCGAAGAAAGGGAAAAGCGAAACGAAAAGGCUCCAAUACAGAAAGGUAUCAAAGAUGAUAUUAAAAAGUUUGUUCAUAAAAUAUCAGCUUCAGUUCAACCAACACAGCCUAUGGAUGACAAGAAAUUCAGUGUCAUAACACUGACCGGUGACAAUAGAGGAGCCACGAUGCAUGUUGGUUCUGAAUCAGAUAAGAAAGAUGGAUCAAUCCACAUUCAUAGGGACUACAAGACUGAGUCUGAAGAGAGCAUUGAGGGUAGCACAGAUGGAGAAGGAAACACUAACAACGAAGAAGAUUCCAUGGAGCAUGGUGAGGUUGGGAAGGCAUAUGUUAACAGCAACAUACAAAGUAUCAAUAAUUCACUCAUGUUUCAUGGUUCAAUCAAUGAAAGAGACCCUGGAGUUCAAGUUACACUUCCACAAAAGCCAUUAGAAACCGUCAAUCACAACGAUAAAGACACUCACAAUCAGAGGACCGAGUUUAACAUGAGCCGGUCUCAGAAGUCGACAUUUCAGCCAACGGUUCGCCGUUAUGGCUGCAAGUUCAGUCGUGGCAAUAAUAAUGAAGAUAUCGAGAUUAUGUGA